AUGGAAGUCAUCGAUCUGACACUACCUGGCAGAGGUUUUUCCGCCAGUGAUGCCUCUACAGGGAGAUGCCUGGUGGACCAAGCUCAGGGCAAUCUUGGCCCAGGGUUUGGCCAGGCAGACAUGGACCUUGACAUUACUGUGAGCCUUCUGCUGGAGAGACUCCAACAGGAGGAGGAGACGAGAGUAACCAUUUACUCCAGCCUGCAGGAAGUCUUGCAGGGGGACAUAAAGAGCCUGGAUAGGAACCUUGUCAGGAGGAUCAUCCACUUGGCCUCCAAAGACAUGAGGGAGACCCAGGACAGGAAGGAGUGGAGAUCAGCACUGAGGUCUGAGCCCUUCCUUGUGCUGACGCUCAGCAAAUUGCGUUUUGUGCUGAGGCUGGUGGAGACCGACCAGAUGAAGCGGGCGCUGUGUGGAGUUGUGGAAGGCUUUGCCCGGGCUGCCAACCUGAAAUUCCACGUCGGGGACGAGAGCCCGUUCCCCAGCUGUCGGGCAGCGGACUACGGUUUUCAUGUGCUCCCUUUCUUGAACUUCAUGAGCAGCAGCUGGCUGACAAGCGAGAACCUGGAGCUGCAGCAGGCUGCGGUCAAGGCGCUGGGACCCGCAAUGGGCCUCCUUCUCCACCAUGAGAGGCAUCGCAGUACUGUUUUUGAGAGGCUCCCCUGUCUUCUGCAGCAAUACGAGGGAGGGGCCGACAAUCUUCAUGUCACCAUGGUGAGAUGCCACCUGGGAAGCCAGCAUUGGGUCUUGUCUGUAUGCGUGGGUGUGUGCACUGGCACACAUGCGUGUGUGUACGACUUGCCCUAG